CCAGACAUUUUUAUUAUCUUUUUGUAUUAUAUAUUUUUUACUCUUUCUCUUUUCCUCUCUCUCUCUCUGCUCCCGAUGUAUGGUGGAAUAGUCAUGGCGGCGAAGAUCGCACGGAUCCCUGGCCUGAAGCUUCAAGCGACCCGAGCCUUCGCGCUGCAGGCUGCCCCCAAGGCGUCGCAAGGCCAGGUUGAGUUCCUGCCCAAGCAAGAUGUUGAGACGACCACACUGCCCAACGGCCUGACAGUGACUGCCCUUGAGAACUACUCGCCCGUCACGCGGCUCGCCAUUGUGGUCAAGGCUGGUGCCCGGUACGAAGACGGCAGCAACCUUGGCAUCACCCACACUCUGCGCAAUGCAGCUACACUGGCCACCAGGAGCCACUCCAAGUUCGCCAUCACCAAGAAUAUUGAAUACCUUGGUGCUAACCUGACGGCUUGCACCACACGGGAGCACCUCAUCUACCUGCUGGAAUGCAACCGUGACGAUGUCCACCUGGCACUCAAGUUUGCCGAGGAGGUGGCCUUCCAGCCGGCCUUCAAGCACUGGGAAGUGGACGAUGUUGCGCCCCACCUUCACAGGGAGCUGGCCCUCUUCCGGCAGAACCGGGAGGCUGUUCUCAUGGAGGCUCUGCAUGCGGCUGCCUUCCGCGGCGGGCUUGCCAACUCCCUGUACAUCAACGACUUCCUGGUUGGACGCUACUGCCACGAAAAGCUGGCCCAGUUUGUGAAGAAUCACGUGAGUGCGCCCCGUGCCGUGGUGUCUGUGGUCGGCGCCGAAUGCAAACGGGUGGCAGAUGCCCUCAAGGGCCUCGAGCUGUCCACCAAACCUGGGGCCGAGUUCCUGCCCUGCAAGUUUGGCGCAGGCGAAUCCCGCCUGGAGUGUGCGGGCCAGUUUGUGGAUGCGGCGGUGGUGGUGGAAGGUGCGGGUGUGCGCAACCCCAAGGAGUGCUUCGCCCUGGGGGUCUUCGCGCACCUGCUGGGCACGGGGCCCCGGCUGCCGUACAGCGAAAGCCUGGCCACCAAGUUGGGCGAGGCGGCAGCCAAGGCCACCCAGAAGCCGUUCGCCGCAAAGGCACUGAACAUCAACUACACAGACACAGGACUCUUUGGUGUUGCCCUGGCCGGCCACCCAGAUGACAUGGAUCAGCUGACCAAGGCAGUGUUGAGUCAGGUGCGGACUGUUGCUCAAAAAGUCGCCGACAAGGACGUCCAGGAUGCCAAGCAGAAGAUGAAGGCGGCAGUGCAGUACGGCCGGCAGCACCUAUCAGACCUGGCACUUGAGAUGGGCGUGCACGUGUCGCGUACCGGGCAGCCCUGGCGCCAUGACGAGCUCCUGCAGGCCAUCGAUGCCGUUACCACCCAGGACGUUGCCACGGUGGCAGCCCGGGUGUCAAAGGGCAAGCCAGCCAUCGCUGCCGUGGGACGCCUGCAUAAGACUCCUCACGUCGACGAGCUCGUCUAGGAGGGUGCCGUAGUUGCAAUUGCUGCUGCCUGGACACAUAGGUGGUUGCGCAGCUAGGAAGUGCUGUUAAUAAAUCAUUUUCCCGUC